AUGAUUACAUGGGACGAAGUUUCCUUCCCGAAUCAGCCCAAACCCUUGCCGACGAAGCGAAUUAGGGGCCAACGGAUGGAGUUUCCCUGUGCCGUUCAUUCGCGACUCAACGAGAUUCUACUGAAUGAGAAUAGUUUGAAAAAGCUGCCAUCCGGGUUGUUGCCCUGGGAGAAGCUGGACCUCUUGGACAUUCAAGGCAAUCCCUGGGUUUGCGAUUGCGAGAUGAAAUGGGUCGCAAUUUCGCUCAUGGACGACUUGGAGCGCAUGAAUCCUUCUAAUCCGGGUUGUUGCCCUGGGAGAAGCUGGACCUCUUGGACAUUCAAGGCAAUCCCUGGGUUUGCGAUUGCGAGAUGA